AUGGAGUGUAGUGGUAGCUUAGCCCGUUGGCCGCCAACUUGCAGAGCUCCAUUGACUCCAGAGAGAAUACCAUUGAUCAUUGUUUCGUACGACAUUGGCAACGACCAGAUCUGGGCAUUCAAUGCCUUACGCACUGGUUCUGGUGUAGAAGACGGCUCAACUAUCACCACGUUGUCAUCCUGCUCCAAUGUUGCUUUUGAACACUCCCCCGCUUCUCUGCACUCCAAGACUUGCUGGUAUAGUUCUGGGUGCUCUGAUUCGUUCGAAAUGUCAAUCACAUUAACCUUGCUUCCGUCUGAUCCCAAGUCGGUGUUAUUCCAAAUAAGCAGUUUUUUGUCGAAAACGUCAAUCACUCCUUCGAAAAUCAUUUGUCCGGUAGAAUUGUCCUUCACAAAGUACGGUACAUUGACCAGCACCACUCGGGUGGCCAGUCUUGAAACAAUCUCUUUCACUGUCCGUCCAAAUCCUGCACCUUCUCUGUCCAUCUUGUUGAUGUAUGCUACCACUGGAAUAUUGAGUUCCUUGGCCUGUUUCCAGACUUUCUCGGUCUGUGCUUCGACACCGGCCACCGCAUCCAUGAUUGUAACCGCACCGUCCAAAAUUCUCAACGACCUGAUAACUUCGAAUGUGAAAUCGGCGUGUCCUGGCGUAUCAAUAAGAUUGAUCUUGUGCUUAUUCCAAGGAAUAGUAACUGCCGCGGAUUGGAUCGUGAUUCCACGAUCCUUUUCUUGGGACAUGUAG